AUGAAACGCUCGUACGGAUAUAAUAUAUCAAAAGAAGAUUUAAUUAAAGAAUAUAGGUUGUUUUAUAGCAAUAUCAUUGUUGAACAAAAUAAAAUAACUAAUUUCAAUGACAAUUACGCGUCAAACGAAGCAAUAAAAUGGUAUACACAAGAUUCAUUUUUAUAUCGCUUAUCAAAUAAAGCAUUUCGAACAGAAAAUUUUGACAUGGUUUAUAAACUUCGUUUAUUUAUUACUGAUCUUGAAAAUCAAAUCGAAUUUUUAUAUUCGAAAUUAAUCGACGGUUUACCACUAGCCAUCAGAGUUUAUCGUGGUCAAAAUUUGCAUAUAAAUGAAUUACAAAUAUUAAGCAAAAGUAUUGGUAAACAUAUUUCGUUCAAUAGUUUUUUGAAUAGAGAGCUUGCUAUCGUAUUUGCUGAUGAAGGUCGUACAAUAAAUGAGGCUGUAUUAUUUGAAAUGACUAUUGACUGA